AUGGGAAAAGCCAUGAGACCACUCAACGGUCCAAUUUGUCCAAGCCCACGUAUCGUCAACUUCACCCUCCACCUCCUCUCCCGCCCCGACGUCGCCCACCUCCCCACCAACUUCACCUCCAUCGGCACCAAGUACGAUGACAAGGUCCUUCCUUCCAUCGGCAACGAGGUCUCUGCCCUCGUCCGCGACGCACUCAUUCGUCACGCCCGUGACUUCCACAUUGUCGUCGACAACGUCGCCAUCACCAACCUCUCCUACGGCUUCGAGUUCUCCAGCGCCGUCGAGAAGAAGCAGGUCGCGCAGCAAGAAGCCGAGCGCUCCAAGUUCCUAUAG